GGAUCAUAAUACGUACACACAGACAUCCACACCCAUCUCGUCCACUUUACUUUCCUCCUGGAAAUUCUUCAACCACAAACCUCAUUUCCUCGUCUUCCGUCAUCCACCAUUUGUACAAUACACACUUCCCGCAAUCACUACACUCGCGUCAAGUUAACCAUCACUGACGUCUGCACGAGUGCUUUCCUCAAUUUUACUCUCUUCGUCUACAUAAUCAAUCCCUGGAGGUAACUUCUGCUCGUUUAGCACCUAACACCUUCCCUUUUACAUUCUGCCCCUUUCCCUUAACAAUCGUUCAAUCAUUUCCCCAGAUUUACAUCCUUCUCACACAAUCGCGCUCAUCGUAGACCAUCGUUGCUUAGCUGAUACCAGCGGCACCUUUUCUGGGAAACGUUAACCAGUCUUCGAUAAUCCUCCUUUCGAUACCGCGUUUGCGCUUCACCAUUGCUGGUCCUGAUUAACCGAUGUAAUCGUGAAUCAUGGCACCGUUACCUAUUAAGUUCCAGGAGCUGUUAACGCUCAGUAACGUCGGUGUUGAUCAGACCUCAGUUGGAUUCAACUCUUGUACCCUAGAAUCCGACUCCUUUAUCUGCAUACGAGAGAAGAAGGGCGAUGCUGCGCAACCCGAAGUUAUCAUCAUCGACCUCAAACAAGGCAACAAUGUUACACGCCGCCCCAUUAAGGCCGACAGUGCCAUCAUGCACUGGACCAAGCAGAUCAUCGCCCUUCGCGCACAAUCCAGAACAUUGCAAAUCUUCGACCUAGAGAAGAAGGCAAAGUUGAAGUCUGCUACUAUGAAUGAAGAUGUUGUCUUCUGGAAGUGGGUCAGCGAGUCGACCUUGGGCUUGGUCACAGAAACUUCAGUCUUCCACUGGGAUAUAUUCGACAGUUCUCAAGUUGCUCCUGUGGAGGUCUUCAAGCGCAAUGCGAACCUGAACGGCUGCCAAAUCAUUAACUACCGAAUUAACAGUGACGGCAAAUGGAUGGCAGUUGUUGGUAUCUCCCAGCAAGGCGGUCGCGUGGUUGGCAGUCUACAACUGUACUCCAAGGACCGAGGCAUCAGUCAAGCAAUCGAAGGUCACGCUGCCACAUUUGGCACACUUCGAAUAGAAGGCGAACCGGCCGAUACGAAGGUCUUCUCUUUCGCUGUUCGUACAGCUACUGGUGCCAAGUUACAUAUCGUUGAGAUCGACCACCCGGAAGGAAAUCAGCCUUUCCAGAAGAAGGCUGUCGACAUCUUCUUUCCCCCCGAAGCCACGAACGAUUUCCCCGUUGCUAUGCAGGUCUCCCAGAAGUACGGCAUUGUUUAUAUGGUAACAAAGUACGGCUUUAUUCACCUUUACGACUUAGAAACUGGCACAACCAUCUUCAUGAAUCGCAUUUCUAGUGAGACGAUCUUCACCACGUGCCCCGAUUCUGAUUCCACCGGUAUCCUCGGUAUCAACAGGAAGGGCCAAGUACUCUUCGUGUCAGUUGAUGAAUCGACCAUGGUUGAUUAUCUUCUCCAAAAUCCAGCAAACACUGAGAUUGCUAUCAAGAUGGCCUCUCGCGCUGGUCUUCCUGGUGCAGACCAACUCUAUGUUCGGCAAUUUGAUCAGCUAUUCAAUUCUGCCAAUUUUGAUGGUGCUGCCAGGGUUGCUGCUAACUCCCCCCGAGGCUUCCUCCGUACUACGGAGACGAUUAACAAAUUCAAGAAUCUCCCAACCCCCCCUGGCAAGAUGUCCUACAUCCUGCAGUACUUCGGCAUGCUUCUUGAUAAGACUACUCCUCUCAACAAGACCGAGACACUCGAGCUCGCUGUACCUGUCUUAUCUCAAAACCGCAAGCACCUCCUCGAGAAGUGGGCUAAAGAAGGCAAACUGGACUUUUCCGAGGAGCUGGGUGAUCUGAUCCGAGCACAUGAUCCUAACCUGGCGUUGGCUGUCUACAUGAAAGCUAAUGCUGCCCACAAAGUCGUCGCUUCCUUUGCCGAGCUUGGCCAGUUCGACAAGAUUCUGCCUUACUGUGACACGACUGGUUACCAACCUGACUGGAUUACCCUACUGCAGCACAUUGUUCGCACAAACCCAGAACGUGGCGCAGAGUUCGCAACUUCGUUGGCUAGCCACCAAGGUGGUUCUUUGGUCGACAUUGAGCGGGUGGUCGAUGUCUUCCAGGCCCAAGGCAUGGUUCAACAGGCCACUGCCUUCUUACUGGAAGCUUUGAAGGAGAACAACCCGGAGCAUGGUCACCUGCAAACGAGGCUUCUGGAGAUGAACCUGAUGAACGCUCCACAGGUGGCAGACGCUAUUUUGGGCAACAAUUUGUUCUCCCAUUUCGACAAGGCUCGAAUCGCGAGCUUGUGCGAACAGACUGGCUUAUACCAGAAGGCAUUAGAGCUUUACGAGGACCCCGCGGCGGUCAAGCGAGUUAUUGUUGGUAUCCCCGGUACUCCGGGAUUCAGCGCAGACUGGCUUGUCAAUUAUUUCGGUCAGCUUUCGGUGGAACAGUCCUUGGAAUGUCUCGAUGCAAUGAUGAAGGCCAAUAUUCGCCAGAACCUUCAAUGCGUAGUCCAAGUUGCCACGAAGUAUUCCGAGUUGCUUGGCCCCACCAACUUGAUCGACCUUUUCGAGAAGUAUAAGACCCACGAGGGUCUCUUCUUCUAUCUUGGCAGUAUCGUGAAUCUGUCUCAGGACCCGGAUGUUCACUUCAAGUACAUUGAAGCGGCCACCAGGAUGGGCCAAUUUGCGGAGGUAGAGAGGAUCUGCCGAGACAGCAACUAUUACAACCCAGAGAAGGUCAAGAAUUUCUUGAAGGAGGCCAAACUCGCCGAAAUGCUUCCGCUUAUUAUCGUCUGCGACAGACACAAUUUCGUCCACGACUUGAUCUUGUAUCUAUAUCAGAACCAACGUUUUAAUGCGAUCGAGGUUUAUGUACAGCGAGUAAACCCCAGCAGAGCCCCUGAGGUCAUUGGUGGCUUGCUCGAUGUGGACUGCGAUGAGUCGGUCAUUAAGAACCUCCUUACUACCAUCAACCCUGCAUCGAUUCCUAUUGAUGCACUUGUCCACGAGGUGGAGACACGUAACCGUCUGAAGCUAUUGCUUCCUUUCCUCGAGGCUACCUUGGCCGCUGGCAAUCAGCAACCAGCUGUCUUCAAUGCCCUUGCCAAGAUUUACAUUGACUCUAACAACAACCCAGAGAGGUUCCUCCGGGAUAAUGAUCAAUAUGACACCCUUAGCGUGGGCAAGUACUGCGAGAAACGAGAUCCUAACUUGGCGUUCAUCGCGUACCAGAAGGGACAAAACGAUCUGGAGUUAAUUAACAUCACGAAUGAAAACUCCAUGUAUCGUGCCCAAGCCCGCUACGUCCUCGAGCGUUCCGAUCGGGAGCUAUGGAUGUUUGUACUGAGUGAAAACAACAUCCAUCGACGAUCGGUUAUUGAUCAGGUUGUCGCGACAGCCGUUCCUGAAUGCAACGACCCUGCAAAGGUCUCCGAGGCCGUUGCGUCGUUCUUGGCAGCUGAUCUUCCAGGCGAACUCAUCGAGCUCCUUGAGAAGAUUGUAUUGGAGCCUUCACCCUUCAAUGACAACCCUAGUCUGCAAAACUUGCUCAUCCUUACCGCUGCUAAGUCGGACAAGGGUAAAGUUAUGGACUAUAUCCAUCGUCUGGACGCAUUCAAUCCUGAUGAGUGCGCGCAGCUAUGUAUCGACGUCGGACUUCACGAAGAAGCCUUUGAGAUCUAUAAGAAGGUUGGAAAUAAGACAGCGGCUGUUGAAGUCUUGGUCGAGCACGUCGUCAGUAUCGACCGUGCGAGCGCGUUUGCGGAGGACGUCGAUAUUCCUGAGGUCUGGAGUAGAGUUGCCAAGGCUCAACUUGAUGGUUUACGAGUUGCGGAUGCGAUUGAAUCAUACAUUAGAGCUGGUGACCCUCGCAACUAUGCCGAAGUUAUCGAGGUUGCAACUCACGCCGGAAAGGAUGAAGAGCUGGUCAAGUAUCUUCGUAUGGCGCGCAAGACUCUUCGUGAGCCUCCCAUUGACACCGCUAUUGCUUUCUGUUAUGCACGUCUUGAUCAGCUAGGAGAGUUGGAGGACUUCCUCCGCGGUACAAACGUUGCCAAUAUUGAAGAGUCCGGUGACAAGGCUGCUGAAGAAGGCUUCCACCAAGCUGCCAAGAUCUUCUACAGCAGCAUUUCUAACUGGUCUAAGCUUGCUACCACGCUUGUCCACCUUGAAGAUUAUCAAGCAGCUGUUGAAUGUGCACGCAAGGCCAACAACAUCCGCGUUUGGAAUCAAGUCCACGGUGCAUGUGUGGCCAAGAAGGAGUUCCGACUUGCGAAGAUUUGCGGUCUCAACCUGAUCGUCGACGCCGAACAGCUGCAAGCUCUGGUCAAGCAGUACGAAUCAGAAGGCUACUUCGACGAGCUCAUUGAUCUCCUCGAGCAAGGACUUGGACUAGAGCGCGCCCACAUGGGAAUGUUCACCGAACUGGGCAUUGCACUUUCAAGGUACCAUCCCGAGCGUCUGAUGGAACACAUCAAACUUUUCUGGAGCCGAAUGAACUUGCCUAAGUUGAUUCGCGCCUGUGAGGAAGCCAAUCUCUGGCCCGAGUUAGUGUUCUGUUACUACCACUAUGACGAGUUUGACAAUGCUGCACUUGCCGUGAUGGAGCGCGCCCAGAACUCCUGGGAGCAUCAACAGUUCAAGGACAUUGUUGUCAAGGUUGCCAACUUGGAGAUUUACUACCGCGCCAUUAACUUCUAUCUGGAGCAACACCCCUCGCUCUUGACUGAUCUUCUCCAGGUUCUUACUCCCCGGAUCGACGUGAACCGGGUUGUUCGUAUGUUCCAGAAGUCUGACAACCUGCCGUUGAUCAAACCCUUCUUGCUCAAUGUCCAGACCCAGAAUAAGCGAACGGUGAAUGAUGCCAUCAACGAUCUUCUAAUCGAGGAAGAGGAUUACAAGACUCUGCGGGAUUCGGUGGAGAACUACGACAACUACGAUGCUGUUGAGCUCGCCUCUCGUUUGGAGAAGCACGACCUUGUCUUCUUCCGACAGAUCGCUGCCAACAUCUACCGAAAAACCAAGCGAUGGGAGAAGUCUAUUGCUUUGUCGAAGCAAGACAAGUUGUACAAGGACGCUAUCGAGACAGCCGCCAUUUCUGCUAAGUCUGAGGUUGUUGAGGAGUUGCUCCGCUACUUUGUCGACAUCGGUAGUCGCGAGUGCUAUGUCGGAAUGCUCUACUCGUGCUACGACCUCAUUCGUCCCGACACAGUUCUUGAGCUAUCGUGGCGUCAUGGUCUUAACGACUUCACCAUGCCGUACAUGAUCAACCUGCUCUGCCAGCAGACCAAGGAGCUCGCGACGCUCAAGGCUGACAAUGAAGCACGAAAGGCCAAGGAGACUGCUCAGGAGAAGCACGAAGAUCAGACUCCUAUCCUUGGAGGCAACCGGCUCAUGAUCACCGCUGGUCCCGCUGCUACCGGCGGAAGGAUGUCUCCCGCUCCUUUCGCACAAACCAACGGUUUUGCAUCUUCAACUCCAUCUUUUGGGUUUUAGAAGGCACAGCGACGGGUUGAGAAGCAUAUGCAAAACUCUUAAGACUGAUUUGGACCGUCGGUCAGUAUCUUCGCGAUACCCAUAAAAGGCUCCAGACGUGUUGUUAGGUGCACUCCGUUUAAUGGUACUACCAAGUUCAUUAGGAUCAUGGGUAUGGUGGAAGUUUUGGGGAGUUCGUUAUAGAAAAAGUUCCCUAUGGAUUUUGCGAUAAUGUGUUCGUGUAAUGGCCUUGGCCGAUGCCGAGAUCAGUGAAGUUUACUGCACAAAACAAAACAAGGUGGAUACUCCGGUCAUCUCGAGCAUGUCGGAUAUCUGGUUAUGGCAAGCUUGCACGCGCUGCUUGCUUGCUGUAUUUGUAUGAUAGUACAACGAGAGGGCCCUUUUACCGGUCUGAAGUUGGUAGGCUAUGGCUAAUGACUUAAGCAUAUUGUGACAAAAUAAA